UAAAUCGUUCUCGACCUUCGGCGUUAAUGCAAAUCACUUGCACGUACGUAGGGUCCAACCAACAAGCGAGUCGUAAGGUAGGGUUCACGAGUCAAUGCUCGAACUCGUCGAGCACGUUCUUCACAGCGAUCAUCUUGCCUCUCAUUAGCUAUUGCCCCAGACGAAGAACCUGACAAGACAUGUUGGACUACUUGAUAAAUCUAGAGGGACCCGUUUUCUCGGAUCGCUCUGCCAUUGCUGGCUGACCACAUACGUUCCCUACGCACCCCAUAUUCACAACGCGAACAUCGCCUGCCAUGGCAUCUCUCCUUGCCAUCAGGUCUAUUAUCGAGAAGAGAAAUGAGAUAUCUAGCGAGACCGAUCUCUCGAUUAUAUCCAUCACUUGGGGAUUCACACUCGGAUUUGGAUUCUUGACGACAUGGACUGCCAUGAAGCAGACGAGACAUAUGUGGAAAAGGAGGAAUGGUCAUCUGAAUCAUCCAUACAUCUGGAUGGUCUGGGCCGAAUUGGUGUCCAGUCUCGCACUGAGUAUCGUUUGUUGGCUGGUUCUGCAAGGACCUCUCACUCUCAACGUCUAUAGUUUGUUCUCCAUUCUAUCACUCUGGGUCAUUCAAGUGCAUUGUCUCUUCCAGAUUAUCAUCAACCGAGUCUCGAUCUUGAUGGUCAAUCGGAGACGAGCCUCCCAACUCAAAAUUGGUACUUUUGUUGGAAUUCUACUUGUCAAUAUCAGUGUGUUCUGCAUCUGGAUUCCUGCCAAAUUGGAGGUCAACGACACGUACGAGAAGCUUAACGUUGUAUGGGACCGAAUCGAAAAGGUCAUCAUCUUGAUUGUUGAUGCUCUUUUAAAUGGCUAUUUUAUACGAGUGGUUCGCCAGCAAUUAAUCAAGCCUGGUCUCACAAAGUACCAGCCGCUUGUUCGCUUCAACCUUUGGAUGAUUAUGCUCUCUUUGGCCAUGGACUGCUUGAUCAUUGGUAUGCUUUCAUUGAAGAACCCUCUGGUAUAUCUGAUGGUGAGUAAACUUGCAAUAAUUCUUGUUGCCUCCAGCUAAUAGUUAGAUAGUUCCAUCCUCUAGCAUAGUACGUCGAGCCUAGCCAAGAAUGCUUUCAAGAAGCCAGUACUGACCU